UCAGUCAUAUGAAAGACUAAACAAGAAAGAUGCUUACUGAGUAAGGUGGGAUCCAACAAGGGUGUAGUACAGAAUGCAACAAUUUAUGAAUUACUUUUUUCUAAGGUAGCUAAACAUAACAACAUUUAAUGAAGAAAGGCAAACUUACCUAUCUGGUAUAUUUGUGAUUCCUGAUGAUUAAUUACUUGAAGAUUAAUACAUUUGAAAUUCACCAGUCUUAGAAAUGGAAGAAAGUGAUGAACCUGAUCAGCCUAUCUCAGCAGGGAGGCAAGAAAUUCGAAAGAGAAGACGACCCAGUCAACCAAUGGUAGAUAAAUCCCAGCAGACCGAAGUGACAGAGAAAAAGAAAAAUUUGCCUAUAUCACAAUCAUCUGGCCCUAAAGCUACCCUUAGUAUUGGUAACAUUCCUGGAAGUAAAGUCAACUGUGAGUCUUUCAGAGUAUCUUCUCAACUUCGGCAAACUUGGACAAAGAGAAAGCAUGUACAGGAUAUGACUGAUAAAUCUCUGCAAACAGACACUAUUGUAGAAGAGAAAAAAGAAAUCAAACCAGUUGGUGAAACAGUGGUACCUGAAGAAAUGCCAGCUGCUCUUGGAGAAGCAGUCCCUGAAUUUCCAGAAAGUGUUCAGGAAGUAGAAAUUCUGACAAGCAGACACUCAAUUCAAUUCAAAAUAGACAGAUCUCAGCAGACUAGUUGUACUGGAGACUGGACAAUGAUGAACAUUCCUCAAAAGGAAACAGUCGACAGAGAACAGCAGACGUACUUUAGUGAAUCAGAAAUAGUGGUAAUUGGUAGGCCAGAUAGCUCUUUUUCAAAGUCAAAUGAAGUUGUGCAGAAACGUAAAUCCUCAGGGAAGAUUUUCAUUAGUGAACAUCCUGAAUUGCAACCCUCAACAAGUAGAGAUGAAGCAAUUAGGCAGGUAGGUAUUAGCAGAUCUUCAUUUAGUCAGCAAAGCAAAAAAGGCAGUUUGGUACCUUUAGAAGAUGAGCAGUACGUUCUAGGUGAGGUCCAGCCUCCCAUUGCAGAGGAGGUCUCUGCUGAAGUGCAACCUACACCAGCUGCGGACAUUAUUGCAGGGAAGUCCGCUACUGAACUUCAGCCUCCACAAAUUGAGGAGGCUCCAACAGAAAAGGGCCCUGCCACAGUACAGCCAACCCUGGGUGAAGAGGCUCUUUCAGAAGGGCCUCCUGCUGAAGUUCAGUCUCCACAAGUUGAAGAAGCUCCUGUACAGCCUUUCCCAGAUGAGGAGACUCCUGAAGAAGAGGCCCCUGCUAAAGUAGAGUCUAUCUCUGCUGAAGAGGCUUUUUCAGAAGAGCCUCUAUCAGCUGUGGAGGUCCCUGCAGAAGAGGCCCCAGCUGAAGUUCAGUCUCCACCAGCUGAAGAGGCCCCUGCAGAAGAGGCCCCAGCUGAAGUUCAGUCUCCACCAGCUGAAGAGUCCCCUGCAGAGGAGGCCCCAGAUGAAGAUCAGUCUCCACCAGCUGAGGAGUCCCCUGCAGAGGAGGCCCCAGCUGAAGUUCAGUCUCUACCAGCUGAACAGGCCCCUGCAGAGGAGGCCCCAGCUGAAGUUCAGUCUCUACCAGCUGAACAGGCCCCUGCAGAGGUGGCCCCAGCUGAAGUUCAUUCUCCACUAACUGAGGAGGUCCCUGCAGAAGAGGCCCCAGCUGAAGUUCAGUCUCUACCAGCUGAAGAGGCCCCUGCAGAGGAGGCCCCAGCUGAAGUUCAUUCUCCACUAGCUGAGGAGGUCCCUGCAGAAGAGGCCCCAGCUGAAGUUCAGUCUCUACCAGCUGAGGAGACCCCUACAGAGGAGGCCUCAGCUGAAGUUCAGUCUCUACCAGCUGAAGUUCAGUCUCUACCAGCUGAACAGGCCCCUGCAGAGUCUCUACCAGCUGAAGUUCAGUCUCUACCAGCUGAAGAGGCCCCUGCAGAGGAGGCCCCAGCUGAAGUUCAUUCUCCACUAGCUGAGGAGGUCCCUGCAGAAGAGGCCCCAGCUGAAGUUCAGUCUCCACCAGCUGAAGAGGCCCCUGCAGAGGAGGCCCCAGCUGAAGUUCAGUCUCUAUCAGCUGAACAGGCCCCUGCAGAGGAGGCCCCAGCUGAAGUUCAGUCUCUAUCAGCUGAACAGGCCCCUGCAGAGGAGGCCCCAGCUGAAGAUCAGUCUCCACCAGCUGAGGAGUCCCCUGCAGAGGAGGCCCCAGCUGAAGUUCAGUCUCUACCAGCUGAAGAGGCCCCUGCAGAGGUGGCCCCAGCUGAAGUUCAGUCUCUACCAGCUGAGGAGGCCCCUGCAGAGGAGGCCCCAGCUGAAAAUCAGUCUCCACCAGCUGAGGAGACCCCUACAGAGGAGGCCUCAGCUGAAGUUCAGUCUCUACCAGCUGAGGAGGGCCCUGAAGAGGAGGCCCCAGCUGAAGUUCAGUCUCCACCAGCUGAGGCCCAAGUUGAAGUUUAUUCUCCACCAGCUGAGGAGGCCCCUGUAGAAGAGGCCCGAGCUGAGGUUCAGUUUCCACCAGCUGAGGAGACCCCUGCAGGGGAGGCUCCAGCUGAAGUUCAGUCCCCACCCGCUGAAGAGGCCCCUGCAGAGGAGUCCCCAUAUGAAGUUCUGGCUCCACCAACUGAGGCCCCAGCUGAAGUUCAGUCUCUACCAGCUGAGGAGGCUCCUGAACAAAAUACCUCAUAUGAAAUUUGGUCUCCAUCAGCUGAGGAGGCCUCUGCUGAACUUCGGUCUCCGUCAACUGAAGACACUACUUUAGAAAUGGUCUCUGUUGACAAACAGUUUCCAGAAGCCAAGGAGGACUUUAUUACACAAAUCUCUGUAGAAAAUGACCUUAUUCCACCAUCUGAACAAACUGCUGCAUAUGAGGCUCUGGUAGACCAUGUGUCUACUGAAUAUCAAAAUCUCCAGACUGAUGUCCCAGGGAUAAAAUUAGAAUCAAAGGUUUUGGAAGAUCAGCAAAAACUCGAAGAGCCUUUGGAACUGGAUCCUGUCCCUGAAGAUUUGUCUAAUAUCAAGAAAGAACAGGUUCCUACCUUUGAAAUAGAGGGUGUCAUCCAUGUACAACUAGAAUAGAGGCCUCUUCCUCAGCUCUAAUUAGCUCUUAACUAAGCUAGCAAUCAGAAGCUACAGGCUUCUGGACAUACACACUUAAGAAAAGUAUAGGUAUCUGGAAGUAAAUACCUAAAAGGAAAUCCCAAGAUGUGGACUGCUGGCUGGAAAAUGAACAAUAAAAACUAGUGGUUUAAAAUUA